UCACACUUACACACUUUCUCUCUAAACCCAUAUGGAUAUGAUAAGAGCCACGGCAGAGUUGCAGACACGAAAAAAGAACCCUAACUUACUUUUUUAUAUUUUUUAACUUUUCAAUGAUAUACGGUACAAAUAUUAAUGUCUUGAUUCUGUGAGAACACCACCCCAACUCCACCCCCUAUAUAUACACACACUACAUUUACACUACAUUCCACAUCUCCUCACUUUGUUACAAACCCUAAAAACCCUAGUAUGGAGUUUUUCAACCAGCAUUUUGAUCACAACAACGAGGCUUGUUUACCACCUGGUUUCCGGUUUCAUCCCACCGAUGAAGAACUCAUCACUUGCUACCUUUUAAGAAAGGUGCUCGACCGGAGUUUCACCGGUCGAGCAUUCGCUGAUGUUGAUCUCAACAAAUGUGAACCGUGGGAGCUUCCACAAAGAGCAAAGAUGGGGGAGAAAGAGUGGUACUUCUUUAGUCUACGGGACCGGAAGUACCCGACCGGGUUGAGGACGAACCGGGCAACGGAGGCGGGUUACUGGAAAGCGACUGGAAAAGACCGGGAGAUCUACAGUUCAAAGACGUCAGCACUUGUGGGGAUGAAGAAAACCCUAGUGUUUUACCGAGGUAGGGCACCAAAAGGGGAAAAAAGUAAUUGGGUGAUGCAUGAGUAUAGGCUUGAAGGCAAAUUUGCUUACCAUUUCCUGUCUAAAAGCUCCAAGGAUGAAUGGGUGAUAUCCCGGGUUUUUAAGAAAAGUGGCGCCGGAGCUAUUAGCAGCACCUCUGGCGGCACAGGAAAAAAAUGGUUUACCGAAGGUGUAAACUACGGAAAAGAAGCGAGCUCGUCAUCGACGGUGUCGGGAUCACUCCCACCGCUUCUCGACUCCUCUCUUUACACCUCGGCAACCUCGGCGUACACCAGCGCCCCCGAACACGAAAGCUUCUCCUACGACAGCAACGCCGCCUCAAAAGAGCACGUGCCCUGUUUCUCCACAGCCUCAACCACCAAUUUCACCGGCUCACAAACCCUCUUUGACUUCCCGCCGCCGGAGCCGCUGACGUCAGCAUUCGAGCCAAAGAACACGUGCUUGUCAGCAUUCCCUAGCUUGAGGACAUUGCAAGAGAAUCUUCAGCUGCCGUUCUUUUACUCCGCUGUGGCUCACGGUGGUGGCGGAGAGACAAGUAACAAUGUGACUGGUUCUUCCGGCGAGAAUUGGGUGGCGGAUAAGCAGAAGCCGGGGCCCACGGAGCUGGACUGUAUCUGGAGUUUCUGAUCAGAGACGGCGGCUUUAAAUGUUGUUUUGUGUUGUGUUUUCGUUAUGAAGUGUGGUAGGAAGGAAGCUAUUAUGUUAUGUGUGUCGUACGUUGGUUAUUAUGUUCUUGUGUUGUGUUACCAUUGUACCUGCUAUCAAAUGUUUUUUUAAGGUUAGUUGUUAUUUAUGAUCAUGAUUAUUAAUAGUACAA